UAGCCAUUUAAGUGUGACAGGUUUGUUUGAAACAUAUAAGUAAAUUAAAAUGAUAUAGUGAGUCAUUUUAACUUUCAGACAAGCUUAUAAAAUUAGUGUCGCAUGUUAAGCAACAGAAUGAUCACAUAUUAGCAUGGAUUGCUAAACAAAAUAUCAACACCACAAGUGUUAUGACCCCUGAUGACCUCCCCUUUUCAUUUCCACUUGAAAGUUUUGAUGAGCUGAAUGAAUUUGAUGAGUAUAUAAGGAAUAAUAUUGACAAGUUCAAAGCAUUGGAAUCAUACUUAUCGACAUUAGGGGGAAAGAGCAUUACUUCUAUAACAAAUCGAAUCAUUAAACAUCUUUUAUCAGAUGUUUUAACAGUUGAGUUCAAUUAUUUUGGACAGAGAUCUCUUAAAAGGCCAUUUUGUGACUUGACGUUGAAAAAUUUGAUAGUGGGAGAUAUCAAAAAGAGCCAUCCCAAUUCAACAAACAAAGAAAUUGAAGAUCAUAUAUGUAUUAUAGGUAGUGUCAUAACCAUGUCAACUUAAGACGUCAUUUCGCCUAUUAGUUGUGUCGUCUUUAAAACGUCAUUUUUAUCGUCCAAGUAACGUCAUAAUAUGAAACAAGACGUCAUUUUGCCUGUGACAAUAGGUCGUCAAUUUAGGGUUAAUUUGUCGUCAUUCUGAGCGUCCCUGAGACGUAAUUGGUCAAAAAGUUGAACGUUAUAGUGACGUUAAUUUCACGACAGUGUGCUACCUGGGAUACUUCGUACCUAUUAGACGUGAAGAUGACGUCGCUUAAUGACGUCGAUUCGCUGUGACAUAUUGACGUCACAUUUACGUC